AAAAAGAAAAAUAGGAUUGAUGGGAGAAGAAAAAAGCGAAUGAUAGCCAAUUCGAGGGUUGAAACUGUUGCUAAGCAAAACAAAAGAUAAGAAGCAACGAGUUGGAGUAAAUUUUCUUUUUAAGUUGAAAGCAAAUUGAAAAUGGAAGGAAGAAAAAAAAAAACCUAUAUGUUUCUUGGUAGCUUUUGUGACUUGUGAGCCGAGAAAGUUUUAAAUUUUGAACUUACUUUUCAAUUCAUUGCCAACAUUUUCCAGUUAUAUGGUCAGCCAACAUGUAAGCAUUGCCUCCCAAAACCCCGCUAUAAAGACCUUCUCUUCCCCAUACUACUAAACAUUAGUUUAUCAUUUUUUAAUACCAUUUGUUUUGUUCUUUAAGACUAGAAGAGACUAAACAAUUACACGUCCGACCAUGUCAAGAUUGCCAGAAGAAGAACACCCAAACAAGGCUUUUGGAUGGGCGGCCAGAGACACUUCCGGUGUUCUCUCUCCAUUCAAAUUUUCAAGAAGGGCAGCAGGAGAGAAAGAUGUUUCUUUCAAGGUGCUUUAUUGUGGGAUAUGUCAUACCGAUCUUCAUAAUGCCAAGAACGAAUGGGGCAAGACCUUAUACCCUCUUGUCCCUGGGCAUGAGAUUGUAGGGGAAGUGACAGAGGUGGGAAGUAAGGUACAAAAGUUCAAAGUUGGAGACAAAGUUGGAGUAGGCUGCAUGGUUGGCUCCUGCCAUUCAUGCGAUAGCUGCACCAACAAUCUUGAGAAUUAUUGCCCCAAAUUGAUAGCUACCUAUGGAGGGAAGUACUAUGACGGAACUGUUACAUAUGGGGGUUUUUCUGACACUAUGGUGGUGGAUGAGCACUUUAUCAUCCGCAUUCCUCACAACCUGCCUCUUGAUGCCGCCGCCCCCCUUCUUUGCGCCGGAAUCACAGUGUAUAGUCCAUUGAGAUUUUAUGGACUCGAUAAGCCUGAUUUGCAUAUUGGAGUUGUUGGAUUGGGAGGACUAGGCCAUUUGGCUGUUAAAUUUGCCAAGGCUAUGGGGGCCAAAGUUACAGUCAUUAGCACUUCUAUAAACAAGAAGAAAGCAGCUUUGGAAAAUCUCGGUGCUGAUUCAUUUUUUGUCAGCCGAGACCAAGAUCAGCUUCAGGCUGCUAAUGGUACAUUGGAUGGCAUCAUCGAUACAGUAUCUGCUCAACAUCCCUUGCUGCCUUUGCUUGGGUUGUUGAAGACUCACGGGAAGCUUGUUCUUGUUGGUGCUCCAGAGAAACCACUUGAGCUACCAGCCUUUCCAUUGCUCCAAGGGAGGAAGAUAAUAGGAGGAAGUUUGAUUGGAGGGAUAAGGGAGACUCAAGAGAUGAUUGAUUACGCAGCAAAACAAAGCAUAAAACCAGACAUUGAAAUUAUACCUAUCGAUUAUGUGAACACUGCCAUGGAACGCCUUCUCAAAGCGGAUGUCAAAUAUCGAUUUGUCAUUGAUAUUGGUAACAUGUUGAAGCCCACCUCUUAAAGCUCUGCUUCCUAUAUGUUAUUACACAACAAAAUGGCAACGCCAGUCCAAUAUUCUUACUUUCUUGUAAUACUUUUGGUUUUUAUAUGUUCUUCACGUGGCCUUCAUAAAUGGAUCAUAAUGUUAUCCAAUGCGAUUAACUAAAA